UUUUCCAAGCCACUUUCAUGGUAACGCACCUAAUAUUAGCAGAACUCAAUCUCAUACUCCAGUGCAUCCACAGCACAUGAUGCAACCAUCUGAAGAUAAUCCUAUCAAUACGAAUAAUAUUUUUGGUGGAAACAUGUCAAAAUUCUUUGACUUUCAUAAAAGUCAGCAGCAGUUACAUCAUCAAUACAUUAAUGGGCAUUCACUUCUAAACAAUAAUGACUCUCAUCGCUUAGCUAUUUAUUUGGAAAGCAGUCGCAAUAAUCCUGCACAUUACGAAAGUGGAAUUCAACAAUUGCAAAAACCAAAGCCAAUAGGAUCUUAUGAUAAAGUCUCUCAAAGCCAACAACAAUCUCAACAAAAUCGUUUUUCACUAAACUCCUUGGUAGAUGAUGACUUAGGUUUUGAUCCAUUUGUUGAGACUCAAAAAGGAUUGGCGGAACUUAUGGAAAACGAAAUGGUUCAGCAACAAAAUGUAAAUAUUGGAAAUGUUGGAUCGAAAAUGCAACAGCAGAGUCAAGCUGGUCAUCAUCAACUUCUUGAUAAUAUGCAGAGGGCACGGAUGCCUCCCCCUGGCUUUAAUCAUAUGAAUGCUUUGAGUUUUGAUAGCACCUCAAGGUCUAACUCAAGUAAAAUGUUACCUUUGAUUAUGUCGAGCAGGGCGGUUGGAAAUACUAGUUCCCAAAUAGAGCAGCAACAAAUGCAGCUUCAAACUAACUGGAACCCACAUCUAGCAACCAUACACCAAGGUCAACCCAUUAGUGAUUCCCAUUUACAGCAUCAAGUUGGUCAAGCCACUGUGUGCCACAAUAAAGGUUAUAGUAAUAGUGACUGGACUGCAAUGGACCCAGCUAUACUUUCUUUCCGACAGUUCUCGUCUUUUCCACACCAAGGUCCAAUGCCUUUGCAUCAACAGGAUUUUUUUCUACAGCAACUAGCACAACAACCCCCCCAACAACAGCAAAAUGGCACAGGAUUCAAUAAUCAAACCCAACAGAUGCUAGGCAUGAACCUGACAAAUAAUUUGAUUAGUGGUCAAUCGCCUUCGAUGACGCAAGUCAACGCUAAUGUUCAGGGUAUGCUGGAGUUCUUAAAAACCCGUCAAUUUGUUUAAACAACGUCUGAAUAUUAUAGAUCCAUUUAUCUGUACUACCAAUUAAUUACUUAUUACAAUAUAUGCAUAUAGAAAAUAUCGAAUAUAAAGCAAGGAAAAAAACUUCAACACAUGCAGAAUAUAAAUAUCAUAUGUCAAGUUAUAUGAAAUUGAAAAUGUAAAUAUACAAAUUUUCACGUA